AGCUAGGACUCCGGGGCCCCCGCCCGCCGCCAGCCCAGUCGCUGCCGCCCGCCCACCGAGCCACAGGCCGGCGCAGGUGCAGCCAGGAGCGCGCGUCGUCGGUCUGUCCGUUCGUCCGUGCGUCGCUGCUCCUGGGCCUCCUGUCCGUCCGUCGGUGCGUCGGUGCGUCGGGGCCGCCUGGUCCUGUCCCGGAGAGGCCGGGCAGCCAUGUCCAUGGGCUUAGAGAUUGCGGGCACCGCGCUGGCCGUGCUGGGCUGGCUGGGCACCAUCGUGACGUGCGCGCUGCCCAUGUGGAGGGUGACGGCCUUCAUCGGUAGCAGCAUCAUCACUGCGCAGAUCACCUGGGAGGGGCUGUGGAUGAACUGCGUGGUGCAGAGCACCGGCCAGAUGCAGUGCAAGAUGUACGACUCGCUGCUGGCGCUACCGCAGGACCUGCAGGCCGCCCGGGCGCUGCUGGUGGUGGCCGUGCUGCUGGCGGGCGGUGGGCUUAUGGUGGCGCUGGUGGGCGCGCAGUGCACCAACUGCGUGCAGGACGACGCGGCCAAGGCCAAGAUCACCAUCGUGGCGGGCGUGCUCUUCCUGCUGGCCGCGCUGCUCACCCUGGUGCCCGUGUCCUGGUCGGCCAACACCAUCAUCCGGGAUUUCUACAACCCGCUAGUGCCCGACGCGCAGAAGCGGGAGAUGGGCACCGCCCUGUACGUGGGCUGGGCGGCCGCCGCGCUGCAGCUGCUGGGGGGCGCGCUGCUCUGCUGCUCCUGCCCUCCCCGCGACAAGUACGCGCCCACCAAAGUGCUCUACUCGGCGCCGCGCUCCGCCGGGCCCCCAGCGCCCGCCAGCUCAGUCUACGACCGCAAGGACUACGUCUAGGGGCUGCCCCCCAGCCGCGCCCCCCACCGCCGCUGCGGAGACAAGCCCCAGCCGCCGGGCAGUCCCCUUUCCCGCGCACGGGGACGCGCCCCUCUCCCAGCGCGCGCGUGCGCGCCGGCUGCCGCCAGCCCUGGGGGGCCCGGAAACAGAGCUGCGGAACCCCAGCGUGGACAGAAAGCAACCUCGCCCUUUGGGAGCCUCGGGGCAGCAAGGAGGUGAGGGGUCCGCACCCCCUCCGAUAACCCUCCCUCCCCAAGCCCGCGUUGGGCAGGGACGCGCGACUCCGGGAUUGGCCGUUGCAUAUUUUUCAAUAAAAGCCUCUGUUUUUUCUUUUUUUGCA